ACAUCAAACUUCCAAGCUCUGCUCUCAAUCAAAACCAAACCUUCAGGAAUCGAUCGGCCAAACCCUAACAUGAAGAAGCUCUACAGAAAAGGCAAAGUCCACCCAUCACCGCCGCCCCCAAUCUCCGACCACCUGGCCUUGCUACCUGCCACCAUUCUCACCCUCACCGCAGCUCUCUCCCCUGAAGACAAGCAAGUCUUGGCCUACCUCAUCUCUUGCUCCGCUGCCUCCCCCAACCGCAAACCCACCCAGAAGACCAGCGUCUCCGCCGGAGGGGACGGUGCCGACCACCAACCUAUCUUCAACUGCGACUGUUUCAGGUGCUAUAUGAGUUACUGGGCCCGUUGGGACACUUCCCCUAACCGUCAGCUCAUACACGAGAUCAUCGAUGCUUAUGAAGAUGGGCUGUUUCAGGAGAAGAAGAAGAAGACCAAGGGCGCGAAGACGAAGAGGUCCGACAGCAAAAUAAAAAACAGAGCUGCCCAAGAGUUGAAUGAUGACAGCGGUUUUGGGAAAGAAGGCGAGUCGGGUGAGUUGGAAACGGUGGAAGCGAGUUGCAGUGGUGGUGGUGGUGAGGAGGGUAGUUGUGGUGAAGUGGGUGGUGGUGAAGGAGAGAUGGGGUUGGAGAAGGGGUCUGUGCGGGGGCUUGUGAGCUUCAUUGGAGAGAGGUUUUGGGGUGUUUGGAGCAAAUGAAAAUUAGGGGAUGAUAAAAUAGUGGGUUUAGCUUAAUUUUCUCAGCAAAAAGAGAAAAUUCUCUUCUUUCUUUCCAUCUUUCGUUCUGUUUCACUUUUUUCAUUUUCGUUUUCUUUUAUGUACAUGAUUACCCCCUUUUUGUAAUCUAUGUAAUAUAGGCAUUUCAAUGAUUAAGGCUUUUUUUUCCCACUCGGGAAUUAAAUCAAAA